GACAUUGCCACCUUUAAUUUUCUUGAGAGGUACACAAAAAAUAAAACCAAAUUUUUAGAUAAUGGUGAUAAAUAGAUCAGUGAUGAAAAUUUUCAAGCAAAGUGUAUUUAGAAAAUGAUUCUAUAUUCUUAUUUUAUUACAUCAAAUGUCAAAUAUUGAUUAAAUUUAGUGCGGGAAUGCAGGUGCUCGUAGUGUAAAAUUGAUAUUUUGGUAUUCUAAAUCUUUUUGCGAAAAUUUAUCAAUUAUACCAACUUUUCAGUGUGUUUUUUAAGACGGGUCCAUAUGACUUUUCGCAGUGAUUUUAAUAAUUAAUCUUUUAUACACAAAUGAAAAUGGCAUUGAGAACAAACGUCAGAUUAACAUCGAGACCAAAGUGGCAAUAAUUUUUAUGCAUGGAAAAUAUUAAUACAUAUUUAUACAUUUUCGGUGGUUUGAGUUAACACGAUGCAACAGAGGGGCUCAACCACGACAAUGGAUAACGAAGAGACCGACAAUUCAUCGUCGACGCCAUCAUCAUCAAGAGUUAGCAGAAAUAAUUCGAAGUUAAAAGUUCUAGUCAGAAGCCAUGCUAUGCGCGAGGAAACGUCCCCGCCAAGAGAACCUAGUCCGAAUCCUCAGCACCACCAACAACAAUAUCAUCAAUCAGAAACGCCGCUUCUGUCACCGCGCAUUACCCUCAUUCCAUCACCCGAAAUUUCGUCUUCUCCAUUAGUCGUCUUGAGUCCUUCUACAAAUUCACCCUCUAUUUGCAAAUCUCCUCAGUGCCUGUCACCUACAUCCACCUUAGUACCCACUUCUCCUAAUAAUUCAAGAAGUUCCCCGAACCUGUGCGCUUCCGUUGAAAAUAUCACUCGUAUAGAAAGGCUGCAAUCGGAUUGUUUCGAAGAAGGAGUUACUGGUGGUUAUGUGACAUCUAGUCCAAAAUUCACGAACAAAAACUCAUCAAAACUAACUAGUCAUAGUUUUAAGAAAAAGAAUUCGUGCGAAUGCCAAACUCCGAACUGCCUAAAAUGUACGAAGAACCAAGAAAGAACAAUUAAUAACAACUUAACGAACGUCAAUAAUAACAUGACGGGGAGUCCGAAUACUCUCAUGGUUGCUAGGGUCAAUUCCAAAGGGAAACUAAGACAACAAAGUUCUUCGUUAGGCAGCUUCGACAGUUCACUCAACUCCCCUUGCUUGUCUAGAGAUAGUAGUUCUGAGUUGUAUACAGAUACGACUGGCGUAGACUUAGAACAGUUCAUUCCCGAAACACUCAACAGGAAUGCUAAAGAUAGAGCACUGAUGCUUCGAAUAGAACAAGAACUAGUCAAUCUUGCCAAAGAUAAAUGUAAAACCCAUUACAAAUUUCCGCCCAUGUCAUCGUAUCAGCGAAUGCUUGUUCAUAGGUGCGCUGCCUAUUUCGGUAUGGACCACAAUAUAGAACCAACAGGAAAAUCAGUCAUUGUCAAUAAAACAAAGAAUACUAGGAUACCUGAUAUAGAAUUUAAGGAACACGUUAAAGAUGACAUUAUUUUUAGCGAAGAACCAAGGCGAUCGAUUUUAAAACGAGAUUCAAACAGUAUAGAUGAUUAUAGUUUUAAAUCGCCGGAUAGGUCUUUUGGAUGCGAAAGUCGAAGGAGUAAAAGUAUUGAAGAAAGAGAGGAGGAAUACGAAAAAGCCAGAAGAAGAAUAUUCAAUAGAGAGUUGCGGGAUGAAUCAUCUGAAGAUUUCGGUUGGUCUGAGAUGCCUUGGUCUAGUACGGAGAGUGAAUAUUCUGCUAGAUAUCGUCUUCAAAUGCCAGAAAUGCACCAUAGGCACUCUGGAAAACUGAUGAAGGGACAUUCGGAAGAAACUGGUGAAGCAUUAAGGCCUUGCGUAGCAAAAAGUUAUAGUUUUGGAGGUUAUGGCGGAAGCGUAUCAGUUCUAAGUAGAGGCGAUAGCGUCAUGUCGACACAUAGUGCUGGACCUCGGUUUCUCACCAAACAAGGAAGGAUAUUUCUAGAUUCGGGAGCCAGUUCGGUGUCGUGGCGCUUAAGCCCUUCCAGUUCCGGCUACAAGUCGCAGUCUCAGAUGUCUGAAUCAGUUACACCUUCACCUACGUCUACACCACAUCCAAGUACUGACGCUAGGGAAGAUUCAAAUUGCGAAGAAGAUCGACAAGAUACCGAGUGUAUAGAGAAGACCGACGACAAUCACGUCGUUUGGGCGGUAACUGAUCUCCAGGACGUUCCUAAAGGUUGUCUCAUCAUCAAUCCCCAGACAGGUCAACCGUUGAAAAACGAAGAUGGUACACUUUAUCAUUACGAUCCAGAUAAUCUACCGCCUAGUAUCGUUCAAACGCCGUCGAAACCUCCACCGCCAUCACCGCACAAACAACAACAAUCACCUAAAAAGUCUCAAUCGAGAAAAUCUCACGUUACUAAUAGUUCUACAAGUCCUAGUUUACCUUUCUCUCCACCGCUAUCCACUACUACAUCAGAUAGUCAAAAGAAUUUUCCUUACGCGCAAACAGAUCAGCAACAGUAUCCUAGUUUUCACGCUACGUACAGUUCUCCACCUUCAGUUCCAGAACCAGCUCCAGUUUACCAACAACCAUAUAUAGUUUAUUCGGCACCUUAUGGUGUUUACAUGCCACAACAAUAUGAUGGGAGAAUGGAAGUACCAUCGGCAGUCACAGUAUCUGAAGUAGCAAACAAUGCGUAUUAUUUACCAGAUAAUCCAGCACCUCCUCCACCGCCUCCAGCGGCUCAACCAAUCGCUUACCAACCCACACAACCGAAUCAAUUUUGGAAUCAACCAAUUGCCUAUUAUCAAAAUAAUUCUCAAGCAACGACUGCAACUCCACCAAGAUAUCCAUCAGUACCACUCCAAAACCCCGCUCAAGCAGCGUUCAUUUCACCAGGUUAUCCUCAACCAAAUUUUAUUACUCCUUCAUCUCAUCAAAUUCCAACGGCAACUGAUAUACCAUCAGUAUAUCCAAAUCAACCGGUGCAGGUAGUAUAUCAAAAUCAACCUCCACCACCGAAUACUGUUUAUUAUCAAAAUCAACCGCCUAUAAUCUAUAGUCAGACGCCAAUGUAUCAAUCUGCAACGUCCGGUUUUCCACCUCAGUUAUCACAUCAACCCAUUGUACAUCAACCCAAUCUUCCUGCUUAUCCACAAGGUACUUCAACUCCUAACGGUUGCCAUUCUAGUACAGGAGCCGACCAACAGACUCUAUACAACUUGGCACAAAGCAUACAGCAUAUGAAUUUGGGAGGAGGAAGUGGUCCAUGUCAGUCUUUUUUAGGAAAUAAAGUUCCACCAGCACAGUAUGAUUUCCGACAAAGACAAGUCAAUAACGGUCUAAAAGGAAAACCUUUCAAAUGUUUUUUAAUGGGUUCGAGUCAAAGUAGUACUGGAACUAAUUCACCAGCCGGUACAGUGAUAGCCGCAUACUGCCCUCAAAACCCAGGGACUUAUAGAACAUCAACUGAAACGCCACCACAUCAGUUUCCGUUUCCACCAAAUUUUACACCACCUGCCAUUUUUAAACAGGUUCCAAAUAUGAGAGCCACAACACCAGGUACAGCUAAGAGUAGUCGAUCUCCAACACCGGCAAGUGAUGUUACAUAUUUCGAUAGACAGAAAAUGGCGAUGUCCACAAAUGUAUACCCGGGUAUACCUUAUAUGGUACCCAGUGGUGAUCCUAGAUUAAUUUCCGGAAGAGGUCAACCGAAUGUUUAUCGACCGUCAUCCGCACAAAUGAACAGGCCGAUUACAAAUCAAGGACCCGAUAAUCGAAAUAAAAGUCGAAAACCGAAGACCAACAAGCAGACUGGGUUACCGCCAAGUGGGAAAUAGAUUUAAGAGAGGUUUAUAAGAGUUGAUUAUAAGAUAUGCAAAAAAAAUAAUAAAACAAAUAUGAAAAAUGUUGAAAUUACUAAUUUAUUGUUCAUGUAGGUUUUAAGUGUUUCGAAAUUUGUUGAAAAAACGGAGGUAAGGAGUUCCUUUAUUCGUUUUAGUGCCAUUUUGUAUUAUUUAUUCGUAUUUAACUGUAAUGUAUGUACUUCUUUUUCUAAAAUAUUAACUAUCGAUACUCCUAUAAACAUUUUAAGUACUUAUAACGUUACUUUAGAUUUAAUUAUACUCAUUUUUUCCAAAAUUUAAUAAAUAAAAUUUAUUUUUACCAUAUUUUGGUUGUUAUUCUGUCCCAUAUUUGAAACCAUUUUUGUUUCCACUCUUUUGGUACUAGAUAAUUUACUUAAUCCUGAAGCUUUUCUACCUUUUCAGGUGUUAGUCGUACUAGAAUUGAGUCAUUACGUGGGUUUCCUCUUCCACAGCAGUUUCUAUUUUUCCCUAUCCCGUAUUUUUUGCUUUAUUGCCUGCCAUCUUAUUCCUCGAUUUUCCUCUGUCAUCUAAAUUUCUUAUACCCAGCUCCUCCUCUGUCUUCUUGCCUUGUUAUGUAAUUCGUGCUUCAUAUAUCUUCUGUUUUAAUCGUUCUCCUCCCAUUAUUUAUCAGAAAGUGACCUAACCAUCUUAAAUUUCCUUCUCGAUUUUGUUUUGAGUUCAAAUUUUGUCACUAGAUAAACAGAUUUUGAUUUAUUGAACAUCAGUAGAAUUUUAAAAUUUGAGAAAUAUCAUUAUUAAUUUUGAAAUAUCUAAUAUUACAAUAAGUCAUAGUUCGACAAAAAGACACCACAUUGCUUUCGAAAAGAUUGUAAUUGUUUUCUAAAUUGGAAUUUAUAGAACUGUGCUAUUCACACUGAACAAACUGUUUACUUCCAUUUGGCACUCAAUUGCAAUGUCCGGUCCUUAAGUUUUCCAUAAGUUCAUAUCCGGCUCGAAGGACUAGACAGUACAAUUGUGAGUGUUUGUAUAAUGGUAGUAAAAGAUCAGUGCAGUAUAUAUAACAACUGUUGAAAAUUCUUUGAAUAAAUCGAAUUAAUUUUUUAACUUAUUUCAGAAAAAAUGUCUCCAAAUAUAGUUCAAUUUUUUUGUGAGACUUGAAUUUGAAAAAUCAAACCAUAUAAUAGUUCUCGUAAGCUUAAUACUUCAAUUUUUAUAAAACCUUGUAGUUAACUUGUGAGAAAUUCAAUUACUAGGCUAAAAAUAUACAGGGUAAAAAUUUUGUAACUUACCGGAGUUGAAUUUAUUUAACAAAAUUCAACGGGUAACAGAAAUCAAUGUUUUCCACCUUCCGAUUGAAAUUUUGACAUUUUUUUUUCAAAUUUUGAGUGUCAACUUCAAUCUUCUGUUGCUUUUAAGCAGCCAAUACGAGGCUGCAGAUUUUAGAAUAUCUUCUUAACAUAAAAUGCAAUAUAAAACAGUAUUUGAUAAUUGCAUAGAGAUAUAGGUAUUGAAGGGAAAAGAAGAAUAACCUCAAACUAGAAAACCUAUUUAGCGUUGUUAAACAUUAUAGACUGUAAUUAAUAAAACUUACCAUCAAGGUGAUAAAUAAAAAAGCCUCUUCUUCAACGAUUCCAUUUAUUAUUUUUAUAGUUUAGAAAAAGAUGUACCUACAAAACUGCUCAAAGUUUUUUUUCACACAAAUUUAUUCGCACAAUCUUUGUAUAAAAAUAUAUACAGUCGAAAGUUGAACAGAACUUAUAUAAUUGUUUGAAUAAUAUAUUUCAAAAUGGUUAUUUUUAGAUAAAAAUUGUUUGUUCCAUAAAAAAUUUACGAAAGUUCAGCCAUACAGCAUUUAAUGAUGUAUAUAUUAGAAGAAACGUCGGUUUUUCUCUGCAAUGUUGCCAGAUUUAGUAAUUUUUGGAUCGCGUUAAUUUUUUUAUUUCAUAAUAAAUCACUAUUUAUUGUUGUAUAUUGGAAUAACUUUAUGAAGUAGUGGAAUAAAGUAUUAUUUUUUUCUGUAAUGGGUACAUUCCACUCAACGCUAAUAAUAUUGGAGUAUAUCUAAGGGUUGUGGUUCAAAUUUCGUUCCAUUAUAAUGCAAUUCCCUUAAUCUUAUACCAUUUUUGAACAGUUCUUAUUUAUAGUAAUAUUUGCUGUUAUAUAUCAACCGUUUAUUUCCAAAAUUUUUCUUAUUACGUCUUCCCAUAUUUCUUUUGGUCUUUUUAUGUUCCUUUUUGUUGUCCUUUGGCUUGAAAAACUUUUUUUUACUCAUCUUAAAUUGCCCAUUCUCUGUAAAUACCUUCACCAGCUCAACUGCCUUCGGUCAAUUAAUUCAAUGACUGGUAUUGCUUGAAGUUCUUCUCUAAUACUAUUAUUUCUAAUUCUACCGUUUCUUGUCACUCUUUUCAAAUAUUUCAUCUCCAUUGCUUAUAUUUUAAUUUUUUGUUGCUAAUAUAUGUUAGAAUAGGUCUAAGUAUAAUUCGAUACACUUUAAUUUUGGUUUUUCUUGACACAGGGGAUAUUUUGUUGAAAUUUUCAAUUCUAUUUAUUUCCGUCUCUAAGUUCUCAUCUGUUUCAGUUCAACUCUCAAAUAUUGCACUACGUUUACGUGGUCUAUUUCUUCACCUUCUAUAUGUAUGAGCAUUUAGUAAUCAGAUUCUUUUUAAUCCACCUUGUUUAAAAGAGUUUAUAUAACAUGGUAAGCUGGAAUAUUUAGUUUGCAACUUUCUAUUAUUCAACUAUGUUUGUAAAUAAUAAUCAAUAUUUUUCCAAAAAACUACAUUUUGUAAAUAACACCUUUGAUUUACUAAAAUGGCAACGUUGCUGGAUGGGUGGUUUGUUUUUGGAUGGAAAACUUUUAUGAUAAGUUUGCAAAGACAUAAUGUGAGAAAUGUUUAGAAAAUACAGUGACUCCUAUUUUUCCCUAGCCAAAAUAAAAUGGAAAAACAUCUAUUAAGAUUAACUUCAAUUAGUAGUGAUUUUGGAUUCUAUUUGUGACAUUCAAUUCUUCAAAAAUCGAUUUCGAUCAUUUUAUUUUUCUUAAAUUGAUUAAAAUUGUUUUUCAAUUCUUGUAAAAGAACUGAAAACCAUUUUUGACCAUAAAAACAUUUUUUACUUCUUCUGGAGUCAGCAGCUUGCUUGCUGUCACCCAUUUCAUAAUUCAUCAUUUUAAUCCAAAGUUUUUAAUUCAAAAUAACUUUAUUUUUGAAUUAAAUAUUUUGUUCCCUUGGGUCGAUUCAAAUGUUUUUUCAGAAGCAUUCCAUAAUACAGCCAAUGGAGUAUAAAAUCGUACAAAAUCAUUUUUAAGUUAGUGCUUUUAGAUGUUUCCCACUGCCCAGACUAUGGAUAGUUAUUUUACUUUUUCACCACAUCGUAAUAUUUCUCCAACUGUUGACAUAAAAUGACAUUGUAUCCAGUAGGAAAUAACAUUAAAGUUUUUAUGAAAAUAACUGAUUACAUCUUAUUUAUUUACUUUUUGACUAUGAAUUUUUUCUGAAGGACCAUUAAAUUUCACACUGGAGAUACCAGGUUUUAAUAAAGAGCGUCUGUUAGAUCAUGUGUUCAUUACAAAACCGUUACCAGAUUCGAUGGAUUGUUUAGAUAAAUUUAAAUAGGGGCUUUACCAAAGAAUUCACUGCUUGCCAGAUAAAAUUGCUAUUUUUUGUCCACUUUGAUGAGUAAAUAAAAAAAUAUUACAAUUGAAACGGUGAAGGUCUUCCAUCACAACAACAAUAAUCAUAUGAAUCAAAUAUAAAUAAUCGUUAUGACUAGUAUUCCAAAGGCCGGUCUUUUACGAAUGCCUCUUUUAAUCUAGACCCUUUUUCUUGGUCUUGGAUAUCUUGAAUCCAGUUGGUAUAAAUCCUUUUCGUAUCAGCGGUGGUCCCGGUUCUGCAUGCUUCAUCCUAGGGAUACCAUUGUAGUAUUCUUUUCGUUCAUCUAUUAUCUGACAAUCUUGUGACAUGACCGGCCCAGUUCCAUUCUAAAUUUCCGACUCUUUCAAUUGCAUCCGUAACUUUAUAUUUAGUUCACAGGUUUGAUUGUUUCUUUUUAUCCGGAUCUCAUGUCCUAGAUAUUUGUGAUCUGCAUUAUUUGUUAACUAUCAGACAAUUUAAUAACAGCUCGUUUUAUCUCUUGUAGUGCAUCGAUGAUUCUGAUUCCACAACUCAUGAAUAGGCCCCAUGGACUCGUGUCUACAGAAAUUUUCUUCUUGUGCAGAUAAUAAAAUAUUUUUCGUUUGGUUCUCAUGUUUAUUUCAGUAGUGUAUAUUUUCAAAUAUUCUUUAGCAUAAGAAAUAUCGUGACAGCUGGCAUCCUUGAAAACAAGACAUUCUAUCAAAAUGUCUAAUUUUGACAGCAAUACAUUUUACCACACAGUUGCCAAUGUUUAGGUGUAAUUUUCCCUAAUAACAUUUUAUUUGCACUUUUGGUUAUUUAUAUUUUGUUAAGUUGCUGCAAUAGUCACUAGAAAUGUCAAAAUUGCGAACUUAACCUAAAAGUUCUUUAUUUGAAAUCGUAUGAAUUGUUUUACGAGGGAAUGAAAAAAGAACAGUAAAAUUAGAAUGAAUGAAUGUUACUUUCGUCAGUUGGUUGAUAUAACAGGGGAAUAAACCCUAUAAGUGAUGUGACUACUCUAAUAACUUGAAAUUGUUUUCUGUCUCUAUAAAUUAAUGUGAUUUUUCCCGUAACUGUAUAAAAGACGUUUUUUGAUAUAACCAUGUUGAGAAUUUUUACAAAACUCAUUGGAUACAAUUUUGAUACUUUAUGUUUUUGGAAAAAAAAUUAAUCUCUUGAAAAUCCAUCCAUACGAAGUUUCUACAAUCUUUUUUUCAAAUUAUAAUUUUUCAGGCGUAAUUUAUUCAAAAUAUAUGUACUUAUUUCUAAAAUCUCAGGUUUCUCUAGUGUUUUAAAGACAAGUUCCCAAAAAUAGACUACACAAAAAACAGUGAAAUAUGUGCUUGAAUCCAAAUUCCUUCCUUUUCCUUCUACCACAAGAUCCUAAGAAUUCUUGUCUGAAGUAUAUGUGACAUAAAUUAGUUUCAUUUCAACUCUGUUUUAAUAAUAUACCAAUGAAUGAAAAUGGCAGCCUGUUUUCCACGACGAGAAAUAUACCGGAAAAACUGAUGAGGUUUUUUCAUACUACUGUAAGAAUUUCAACUUGGCAGGCUGCAAUAGUACCAGAAAUGUAUCUGGUUAGAAAACCAGAAAUGACUCAAAAUUCCGGAAAAUCCAUAUCGGAAAACCGACAAGGUACACGCGUAAAUUUGUUGUCAUAUUUUUUGGGGGACUCUUAACUAAGAGCGGUGCAGUAAUGCCAGAAAUUAAGUUGGUCAGAAAACCCUCGCCAGAAGCGAUUGAAAUAUUGGAAAAUUCAUACGAAAAAACUGACGAUGAAAAUUUUCUUAUACGCUUUUAGAGACCUCAACUGAGAGCGACGAAAUACGCGUAUACCUUAUCGAUUUUCCGGUAUUUUAGGUCGUUUCUGGCGAGGGUUUUCCAACCAGAUACAUUUCUGACACAAUUGUAGCAAACUAAGUUGAGAUUCCUACAGUAAUUUUCAUUUGCGGUCAGAACGUACAGCCAGAAAUACUCAAACUCAAACGUCGUGUACCAAAUCGAUGCUGUUUUAUGUAGCUAGUUCUUGGACUAAUAUCUAUAUUUGAAUUGGAAAGUGAUCUUUGUUAAAGCAGAGUGACAAAUGAAUACAAUAUCAAGAAGUUUUUCAGACGUUAGAACAAUAAACUUUAUACAAAUUUUCGUGGGAAUUUUCCGAACUUUCAAUCGCUUCUGGCGAGGGUUUUGCGGCCAACCCGGUUUCUGGCAUUACUGCAUCGCUCUUAGUUAAGGUCCUACAAAAAGUAUGAAAAAAUUUUCACGCCUGUACCUUAUUGAUUUUCCGGUAUGGGUUUGACGGAAUUUUGAGUCGCUUCUGUCGAGGGUUUUCCAACCAAAUACAUUUCUGGCAUUAUUGCAGCGAACUAAGUUGAGAUUCCUACAGUAGUAUGAAAAAACUUGUGUACUUUAUUAGUUUCCAGGCUGCUAUUUUCAUUUUUGGCCAGAAAUACCGUUAGGUAAUGAACUAACUUUAGUCUAUCGGAUGCUGUUUUAUGUCUCCGUCUGUAUGUACGGUCAAUUCCAUAUUAGUGUGACUCUACUGACAAAGUCCCGAUUAAGAUAAAUACGUUUAAUUAGAUCGAUUGUAAAUCAUAUUAUUUAUUUUUGGGAACAUGUCUAUUACUCUUAUUGUAAAAUAAAAGUCUUUAACUUUUUCGUGUUCAGUGUAGCUCCUCGGCGAAUUAGCGAAAUACGUAGUUCUACCUAUGUAGCAUUUUUCAUCCAUAGAAGUAAUUAUUUUCGACUUAUUUAUUUUUGAUUUUAUGUGAAGGCAGACACUUAUAAAAAUUAUUUAAUAAAUGUAUAUU